UUAGGGGUUGUAUAUGCAUGUGCACAAGCCAAAAUUCCUCACUAACCCGUGAAAUACGUUCGCUGUAAGCACAGAAUUGUCUGCUUGGUAAGCGCAUGCUUUUCGCUUGCGUUAAGCAGCGCCAUGAGCCCAGCUCAGGAGAAUGUACUUGACUUAUGCCCGACCCGUAGGCGAGGGCAUUAUAUGCCAAUCGUAAACGUUAGUUUAAGACCAGCCAAGCGCAUAUUUGGUCCUAUAAAUACAUUUUUUAGUCAAAGAGUCAAAAGAAAUCUAUAUAUGAUGGAUUUCCAUCAAGUUUGUUUCAGAACUUUGCUUUCAUUUUCCCAAACACCCCGUUCCAUUUAAUGGUAUCUUCCUUGUACAAUGUCCAAAAGAAUCUCUCUUAUAUGGAAUUGGCGCGCGCGUGGCAAGUCGCAUGCAGACAGACUUUUGACCAAUCAGAAUCGAUUAAACUGUCUUGUUUCCAGGCGCCACAGCGUGAUCUAUGCAACGGGCAUUGUCACUUCUCAGCGGGCAUUAUCAAAUGUUAAUACAUGUACACGGUCAAGUUGCACGUUGUUGAAUAAUAAGACUGUAUGAGGUAUGUAUGAUGAAGGGAAUAAAUAAGUGCUUGACCGGUCUUAAACGUUAGUUUAAAACCGGCCAAGCACAUAAUUAUUCCCAUUCAUAAAUAACUUUUUUGUCAGAAAACCAAAAGAAGUCAAUGAAUCUUCGGCGAUUUUCCUCAACAAUUUUCCCAAACAGUCCCGUCCAUUCAGUGGAAUACUCCUUGUGCAAAUUGUCAAAUUGGCGUGCGCGUGGCGAGUUGCGUAAACACAGACAAGUUGCACUUUCAUAAUAGAGAGACUUUCUGAGGUGUUUAUGAAUUAAAUAUAAUUUUCCAUUCAAAGCACAAUCAAAACCUUUCAGAGGUUGAAAACGUUUUGGACAAGUUCUAUGAUUAUUACCAGAACGUUAUUAUUUCUUAAGUUGUUUGAGUUAAGACAUAACUAUGCAAAUCGUCUUUCAAUCUAUUUGUGUUAAUAAUGUCUAUACGUAGCAGGGAAUGAAUGAUUUAUAUUUUUACAAAACGGUUAUCGAAACCCAUGAUUGACCAACAUGUAAUACAUGGAUUUUCCUUGCACAUUGAUUUUUGAAGAUAGUUACUGACUGCACUGCCGACAGUGAUGCAUCAAGCUAACUAGUUUUUGACCCAACACUAUACUGGGGCCGCAUUGAGAGUCAAGCAUACGCAUUUGGAAUUCUCUUCACGCUCUCACACAGUUUACCAUGUUAAGAAAAAAAGCUUGAGGAAAUAUCCAACUCAUAAUAAUCAUCAUUUUCUCUCUGUGUCCCGUCCCAGCAAACCAAUAAAAUCGGGUUUCUAACAAAACAUGAUUUGAUUAGCUGUACAGUAGCAAUUUCAUACGAAACGUGUUUGAGGUCGUCUAGUUCCUUCCCAUGUAUUGACACCGCUCAUUUGCAUGCAAGUCAUUUGGUUCUUUACUCAUACAUUGCUCAAUACAGUCCUUGACCUUACACGCCCCUCCGCAAACAUGACGCAGCAGGCUGUCCUCUCAAACGCCGAGUCUGGAAUCACGUGACACCGGCACGAUGAUGGCGCUGCGAUUUCUCAUCGGGAAAUUCCCAGAUUUUUUGCCCGGUGCCCUGAAUGGCUGUCAUGUUUGUCGUUGCCUUCGUGCGGGCACCAGCGACGAAAAGUGUUCUGAAUAUGCGUCUGUCCUAGAGGACACGAAUCGCAACGUUAGGAGGCUGCAUUCAUCGUCAGAACUCGGAAAGAUACUAUUCGGAUAAUGGGGAAUUUGCUGUGGUCCGGAUCGACAGAGUGCGGGGUUGACAGCCCAUCGGCUCAACAUGGGCCAUGGUUUCUGCAUCCGCGUCAGCUGGAGACGUGGUACAACGACAACAUUCAGCUUGGAACGACAGAGUUUGACGCCGACUGCCGUAAAGCUGUGGACGGCGUAGUCAGGUAUCUCCACAACAUUUGCUCCACGGAUAGAAGCUUGUUCGACGUCAGCAAAGUUAUCAAGGGUGGAUCGCUGGGCAAGGGCACCAUGGUGAAAGAUCUGUCCGACGUGGACCUGGUCGCCUUCAUCAACCCGCCUGACAUGCAUUCCAUGGGGGAGUUAACCCCUCAACGCUACAGGGACCAACUCAGAGCCGUUCUCGAGAAGCUGGAGGGGGCCCUCAUCUUGCUGCCUUCCGUGAAAAUCAUCAGGAGGGACGCGUACCUGAUCAACUUCUCAAUAGAAGUUCAGUCGAGUGUGGAUCAGCGUCGGAGAGUGGUAGAUGUUGAUCUCCUUCCCACGGCCCAUAACAUUGCAGAGUAUGCUUCCUUGGGAGAAUUAUUUGAGGAUAUGCUGGAGAUGCGUGGCUACGAUCGUGGGUUCUACUCGGCCUCCCUGGUCGAACACCAGCGGGACUUCGUGAAGAAUCAGCCAGGAUACGUGAAGGAACUGAUCCGCCUGGUCAAGUACUGGGCGUACACCAACUUGCCCCCAACGCUCCGGAAGUCCUACCCGCUGGAGCUGAUUACCAUCCACUGCUGGGAGGAAGCUGGAGAGCCCUCCCGUUUCUACAAGGCCCAAGGGUUGAAGGACGUCCUGGAGACCUUGUGUGAUCUCAGCCAGCUGAGAACCUACUGGUCGAGUUAUUACGAUGAAGCGUUGGCGGAGAUUUCGAUUCAAACACUUCGUUUCAAGAAUCCCAUCGUCUUGGACCCGGCGAAUCCAACGGCCAACGUUUGCUGGGCUUACCAGCGCGAGGAAAACCGGACGAUGAUAGAGAACGCUGCCUUAACCACUCUUCAGUCCACGCUUCUCUCUAACGUCGAGGUCCGUCCAAAAUGGUCAGGUUGGUAGAAGGGCACUCGGUCACGACAAAGCUUGUCUUCCAUCAAAUAUACAAUAUAGUACAAUGUACAUGUUCUCUGUUAUGGCAUUACAUUUUGCUUGAUUGGAAGUUGUAACAAUUACUCUGUAUUUUCGGAAUUCGCGGCGCUCUAAACUGUAGAACAAACUAGUGCAUUGGUUUAAUAGCCAACCUGUUAUCAAGAUAGAUUUAUUGACCAGUUCCCCUGUUCGCUCAUUCAGAUUAAUGAUGUAAAAUGUGACGGAGUGACGUUUGUACGAUAAUGUUACUUGUGCUAAUUUGAACAGGGUUGCAGGACAACGCAUGAUAAGAAACUUUUCCAUUACAAUAGUUGUUAUUUGUAAAAAUUAUUUUAUUUCAUAAAAACUCCAAUAUUUACAAAUAGGUCAUUUGGGAGACAUUUUGUGGUAAAUUAUCCAGCAUUAGGGAGACAGUGGCAUUUAGGGAGACAUUUCAGUGUCUCCCUAUUUUCAAACUACCAGAAGGAGGCCGAAUAUUUUGGGAGAUGAUAGAUU